GAUACAACCCCCUCCCUCUCCCAUCACUACAAAUACGCCACCCGAAUCUCCUCUCUCCUUCAAACCCGACCCGAGAAAUCUCCAACCCCAGGCCCGACACAUCGAACGCAAUGGCAUCCUCGAAUGCAGUCAACAGCCCGCAUCCAACUCCAGGUGACGACACGACAGUCAUAGUUGUGGUGUUUGUCUCAGUGGGUUGCGUUCUGUUCCUUGCGUUCUUCGCUUGUGUCAUCUGUUUCCUGUUCAGGAUGAAGUGCAAGAAACGGGUUGAGAAAACCGAGACAGUUCAGGUCGAUGAACACUUGAAAGUGAGGGAAGCCAUAGUCGAUGGGCCCCACGGACCUCAUGCGGUGGUUAUAUCAGUUGAGGACGAUGUCCGAAUCCAAGACGAGAUCAAGAAAGACGAGAAGGCACAUGGGAAUGAUUCGAAGGCCAGAGGCAUGGACGAGGGGAGCCACGGUUCGGUCGGACCGUCAUGUAACUCUGAUGUCGAGCAGUAUUAUUCACCGAUUCGGAAAUGAAAGAGCCAUUCCUCUCUCAAGCUUUACAAUGUCUAGCAAUUAUAUAUUGUCUAAAAUGGUCUUUUAAUUAUACCAAAUGCAAAAACAUGUCACGUUUAUAUAAAAAGCAAAAAAGAAAAUUACAAGUUUGUUGUACAUAUUGUUAUUGUUCACUAAAUAAGAAAUGCAAACCCUAACGCCAAGAUAUUUAAAGGGGCGGUUUUUAA